UAUUUACCUUCUUCCUCCUCCCCCAUACACUUUUUACUUUCCCUAGCCAAACUCUACUCGCCGGCAACGGUUAAAUAUCUUCAUUUCUUGCCACUCCGAUCCCACAGAUUUCUCCAUUUUCUUUUCCAUUAAAGAUUGCCCAUUUCUUAUCAAUUCCUUCUUCUGUCAAUUAAAAUUUAAAACUUGAAAUUCUUUGUUCCGAUACCAAAGAACAAUGGCUUCUUCUUCUUCUUCUUCUUCUCAUCUCAAGAAGCCUUCAUUUAUAUUCAUUCUUUUCUUUGUCCUGCAAUUUAUCUCUUCUGCAAGGCCGGAAUCUUUCAUCGGCGUCAACUACGGAACGGUGGCGGACAACUUGCCGCCGGUGACAGAGACGGCGAGGCUGCUCAAGUCGACCAUCAUUCAGAAGGUGAGGCUGUACGGCGCCGACCCCGAUAUCAUCAAGGCGCUGGCAAACACCGGCAUCGGGAUUGUGGUCGGCGCCGCCAACGGCGACAUCCCGGCGCUUGCAUCCGACCCGGACUUUGCGGGUGAGUGGGUCAAUAGUAAUGUAUUGGCUUAUCCGGGGAGUGAGAUCAUCGUCGUCAGCGUGGGUAAUGAGGUCAUGAGGUCAGUGGAUCAGAAUAUUAUCUCCAGUCUCUUGCCUGCUAUGCAGAAUGUCCAAAAUGCCCUCAAUGCAGCAGGAAUUGGCAAGAAAGUGAAGGUGUCGACGGUGCACGCAAUGGAAGUGUUGAGCCAGUCGGACCCACCCUCGUCGGGGACAUUUAAGUCAGCUGACACAAUGAAAUCAUGGCUGCAGUUCUUCCAAGACAACGGUUGCCCUUUCAUGAUCAACCCCUACCCUUACUUUGCAUACCAGGGCGAUCAAAGGCCCGAAACAUUGGCCUUCUGUCUCUUCCAAAACAAUGCAGGACGAGUCGAUGCAUAUACCAACAAAAAAUAUAUGAAUAUGUUUGAUGCUCAGGUGGAUGCAGUAUAUUCAGCCUUGAACGCAAUGGGAUUCAAGGAGGUUGAGAUUGUAGUUGCUGAAACCGGCUGGCCUUCCAAAGGUGAAGCCACUGAAGCAGGCGCCACUGUGGAAAAUGCAAGAGCGUAUAACGGGAACUUGAUAAAUCAUCUCAGGUCUAAGGUUGGGACCCCACUAAUGCCUGGGAAACCCGUCGACACGUACAUCUUUUCCCUCUACGACGAGGACUUGAAGCCCGGUGCUCUCUCUGAAAAGUCAUUUGGGUUGUUCCAACCGAAUCGUUCUUCGACCUAUGAAGUUGGCCUCUUUUUGAACACUUCUCAGACUUCGGCGCCUUCUCCAGUGACACCACCGAUGACACCGGCUCCAACAACUCCUCCUCCUAUCUCAGGAGUAACACCUGCAGCGACAACUCCUCCUCCUAUUUCAGUGGUAACACCCGCAGCAACUGUGGCAAAUCCUGUGGCUAAUCCACUCCCACCAGCUUAUCAAGCAGGACGAAGCGUUGGAACGGGAAUGUCUUGUAGACCUUCCCACUCACUCCAAAUCAUCCUUGUUAUAAUGGGUGCAUUUAUGAUGAUGAUAAUGGCACAUGAGGGAGAAGACAGAUACUUUAAGUUGCUAUAGAUGUACCAAUUAUUGUGGGGUUGAACAUUUGUGUAUUAUAGUACUGUAUUAUAGAACAAAACCAUUCUGCUUUGCUUUUUUUCUUGAGUAAAACAUAGCCAUAUUCCGAGUUCCAAACAUGGCCACCGAAUGUCAUAUAUUGCGGAAACACGCAAAGGGAAGACACGACACGAGGAGAUGUCGUUUUUUGAAUGGUUGGCAUGUGUCCGGAAGGUUUUCGUGGAGUUUCCGGAACAUUGGUGUGCACCAUGGCUCAAAUAUAAGAAAUUUGAAACAUGUAUGUAACUGUAUCUUCUCUCUCAUUUUCUGUAUUUUUGUCAUCUUAUAGUGUCCCAUGGAGUGACCAAAACGUUUGUCUGCUUUCUUCUCCAUUUUUUAGAAGACAUUUCACUAUGUAAUGCAUUAGCACCAUGCCAUCAUCUACUUCAAGUUCUAGAAAUUACACUCCCUCUAUCUCAUAAUCAAAUUUGAAUUUUCAU